CAAAAACCACAGUUCGUAAUAGAGUGUGGUGGUCUCUCUCUCUCUCUCUCUCGGUCUCGAUUUCUGAUUUCUCACUGUACGACCAAAACUAAACCACACAGACACAUAAAAGAACAGGCAAACUAAUUGAUCCGCUGCUGCUGCUGAAGACUUCGAAACCAUGUCUUGUUUGGGUAGGAUCUUGUCUGUUUCCCACCCACCUGAUCCGUACGGUUCGCGUUUUUCAGUUUCAAAGCUGUCUUCACCAGGGAGAAACCAAAGGCUGAGAUGGCGUUUCACGGCCUUGGACUCUGACUCUUCCUCUCUCGAUUCUGAUUCCUCCGACAAAUUCGCUUCCGGGUUUUGUAUCAUAGAAGGGCCUGAAACAGUACAGGACUUUGCUAAAAUGCAAUUACAGGAGAUUCAAGAUAACAUUAGAAGCAGACGAAACAAGAUCUUCUUGCACAUGGAAGAGGUACGGAGGCUAAGAAUACAACAACGUAUUAGAAACACAGAGCUUGGCAUCAUAGACGAAGAGCAAGAACAUGAACUACCUAACUUCCCCUCUUUUAUCCCAUUCUUACCUCCUUUGACUGCUGCCAAUUUGAGAGUCUAUUACGCAACUUGCUUCUCACUCAUUGCUGGGAUCAUCCUCUUCGGUGGCCUACUAGCUCCUACUCUAGAGCUGAAGCUAGGUAUAGGAGGCACAUCAUAUAAAGAUUUCAUUCAAAGCCUUCAUCUACCUAUGCAAUUGAGUCAAGUAGACCCAAUAGUAGCGUCCUUCUCUGGAGGAGCUGUUGGUGUGAUCUCAGCGUUGAUGGUUGUUGAAGUCAACAACGUGAAGCAGCAAGAGCACAAGAGAUGCAAAUACUGUCUAGGAACUGGGUAUCUAGCAUGUGCUCGUUGCUCUAGCACAGGUUCUCUUAUUAUAUCUGAACCAGUCUCAGCUAUUGCUGGAGGGAACCAUUCUGUAUCAACAUCUAAAACCGAAAGAUGUUCAAACUGUUCUGGUGCUGGAAAGGUGAUGUGUCCGACAUGUCUGUGCACAGGAAUGGCUAUGGCUAGCGAGCACGACCCUCGGAUUGAUCCUUUCCUUUGAAUCUGCAAAACAUUCCACUUCCCCCACAAAAUCUAUUUGUCAUUGUAACUAGAAAUGGUAUGUACUGAUGAAUAAUGAGAACUGCAUCCUUUCAUCUGUAUAUGUAACACACACAAUGACACUAUUGGAAGUUAUUACAUAAUGUUAGAUUUGUAUUCGUCUUGCAACA